CAAAAACCACAAACCAUGCAGAGACAGCGAAGAGGCUCGAAAAAUGUCUCACCGAGCGUUUAGUAAACGUGUUUGCAAAGAGAAGCGGGACUUUGACGAAAUGAAAAACGCCGCCGCGGAGUUUUAUCGAGUCAGCAGAGUCCCCCGGGACAUAGAGCGAGCUCUCCACGAGCUCUUCCUCCACCGGCCCGCAGACCUGCAUGGGUACCUGGCAGAUUACUUUGCAAACCUCGCGGCACCACCAAGAAUCAGCAGAGUGAAGGGACGGCAGGUUUAUGAUGCGAGAGGACGACUUUCUGUUGAGGCAGAGGUCUACUGUGUUGUUCACAACAAGGAAAAGAGCAUGUCAUCAGCUGCUGUUUCGAGCCACUUGGUCCCUAACAGUCAAGAGAGGACUGAACAUGUGACGGCUGCUGUGCUGUGGAUCAAUGAACCUCUGAACAGCAUGCUGAAAGACCAAAAUCCUUGUGACCAGUUAAAAAUCGACGAUAUACUCAGCACUUUCUUUAUGGACCGUUGCCUGGAGGAAAAAGAGGUCUGGGACAGGGAGAGGCCUAAGGUGAUUCCCUCUUCAUCUCCUCCACAGACUAAAGACAAGAAGGUCAUUAAUAAAGGCAAAAAGAGCAGUAUCGUGGAGAAGCCAUUUCCUCCAGUGGAGCCACAAAAGCCAGUCCUACAUGGAAGCUUGGCCAUUGGCUCAGUGUCAUUGGCUGUGGCCAAAACUGGGGCACAGAUACAGGGCAUCCGUCUGUACGAAUACAUAGCAGCUCUGAGGAACCAAGAGCCUCCGACACAGUUUCACAUCCCUGUUUCCUUGGUGACAUUGCUCAGCUGUGGCAAGACCUCGCCGGGAAAACUGAAUUUACUGGAGGAAGUGAUCCUGAUCCCCAAAGUGGGACAACAAGUCAAACAAAUUAUCACAAUGGCUCUUGAGGUACAGAAGGAGAUGAUGAGAAUAAUGAACACUUUAACAAAUGGCGGGGCCAGCGAAGCAUUUGUAUGUGACAGCGGAGCCCUGGCUGUAAGCCACGAGCGACCAGAGCAGCCUCUGGAUCUGAUCACUGAAGCCUGCACCAACCUUGGAGUUCCACUGGGCACACAGAUCCAUUUAGCUUUGAACUGUGCUGCUCAUGAGCUCAUGGACCCUUCUAAAGGGAAGUAUGAAGUUGCAGCUGGAGUUCUGAAAUCGCCCGAUGAGUUAGUUGACCUGUACCAAACCCUCAUCAGCAAAUACCCAGCAGUGGCUUUAAUAGACCCAUUUAGGCAAGAGGACAGAGCCCAGUGGGAGAAGCUGAGCAGUAUGAUUGGAAACUCGUGUUCACUGCUCUCUGACGUCUCCUACAACUCACAGGAACCUCCCAUUCCUGGAGUCAGAGGCCGUAUCUUAAAACAUAUCAAUGAGACAACAGUCAGUGACCUGAUCCACAUGACAUCAGAGCAACAAGGUUCUGUGUUGAUGGGAACUACAUGCAGUGAGCCAUGCAAUGGGGAUUCUUUGUCAGAUAUAGCUGUGGGUCUGGGCCUACACUAUGUCAAACUGGGAGGUCUAAGUGGGGCUGAGAGGAUGACUAAAUACAACCGGCUGAUUUCUAUAGAAGAAGAACUGGCCCAACAGGGAAUCCUUGUCUUUAAGGAGAAGCACCCUCCUCCACUGUUCCCUGACAGCCCACAUACGCAUUCAGGCACCACAGAGGGAGCAAGGUCUGGAUUGGAGGAACACAGCUCACAUCUGAUUCAGACAGAUUUUUGAAGGUGUCUUCAUGAUAAUAUAAUAUAUUUACCUUUCACAAUUCAGUUUUGCAAUUAACACCACCUGUAAUAAUCUGCUGAGGUGAUUAUAACCGUUGUGGAUCGAUCCUGGGUCACCAGUGUGUCAGCGCCAUUCUGCUACGUUUACAGCUCUGAGAAAAGUGUCUCUAACAGUUUGAAAUAUGAGUUCUUAUCAAAUAUAUUAACAUUUUGAGUUUCAGACUGGGAGGAAAUCACACACAGUGCUAUGUACAAUGUUGUCAUUUUAAUUUGAAAUAAAAACCAGAACGAUUU